GCGGUGGAUCGCCUUCCCCGCGGGGACCAAAGUAAGACGGCGGCUCGGGGUCCGGCAGCGAUUGGUGAGUUGCUGGGGCGCUCCUCAGCAAGAUGGCUGCAUUGCUGCGCGCAACAGUGGCAUCCUGGUGAAAUGACGCAAGCCACGGUUUACGUUCAGUCCUCGAGGCUCUGAGCUCUCGAGUCUCCAUAGCGCAGAUCCCGCCCGACACACAGCCGGAAGACCGACCGGCUGUCCUCCAGUGGACCGAGCGGAACCGGUUCAUCUGAGUGAGAGUGCGAUGAGGAGAGGUUUAAGAGUGUGAGGCCAUGGGCUGCACCUCGGCCAAGCAGGUGUCGGCCGUGCCCAACGAUGAGGAGGGACGCGGCAAGGCCUACAGCAACGGAGACCUCUUCACGGAUGAAUACAAGAUGAAAGGAGUGGAGGAGGUGAAGUACAUGAGGGGGGAUGAAAACCGGGUGAAUGCACGCAACCAGGAGAACCUGGAGAAAAGUAAUGUACAGUACAGGGGGAAACAGCAGAAAGAGGUCGCUGCAGCAAACAUCAAGUCUAAGUAA